AUGAGCAAUUUCGAAUUUUCUGACAUGGACAUUGAAGAAGAUUUUGUUGGCGGCGAUGAUGAUUUUACUGACAAUUUGGCUAUUUUUACCAACAAUUUUAAAAAGACAUAUUCCAACGUGCUUGCAGGAGCCUUGCAAGAUGAUGAUGAAGAAGAAAAUGAUAUAGACUGGGAUGAAUAUUACAGAACUUCUAGCCAAGUUUAUUCAAUAACGCAAGAAAAAGUUAUUGCACCUAUGUCAACUUUCACCCCAUGUGUUGUUCUAGAUUUAAUUGACGGCGAGGUGAAACGCUGCAACGGUACAGAAAGGUUAUGUUCAAUACGUCAACUUGGAGGAAUGUGGGAGAUAGAUGGGAAUGACAAUGCAGUCAAAGACAGACACGAUUUACUCGGAGUAUGUCACCAGCAUUUUAUGUUUGAUCAGAAUCAACUUCAUCCUAAACAACAUAAGAGCCGUAAUCCGAUUGUCAAUGGUGACUUUGUUCGAAGUCAUAAUUGUCUUUUCUGUAAUGCAAUAAAAACGUUUUCUUUUAGCCGUGGUACUGGUUGCAGUGAACAUUCAGCAAAGGUCAAUGGAUAUAAUGUUCAAGUACCUUGCCUAGGCGCUGAUUGUAUAUUUACUGAAGGAUCAAUUGCACAAAAACAUUCUUCAGGUUAUCGUGCACGCUAUAUCUGUACAAAAUGCUUUCAGCAACAGGGUGGGCAUUUACGUGAAAAAGUCAGCAGAAACAAAGAAUUUGUAUCUUGUGGAGAACGUGGAGAACACCGUAACAGUAAUGAUAUACGCGAUGCAUUACAUGAUAUAGGAAAAUGGAUAAUGUCUGUAUCAGAGUCAAAUAAUCGACAGUUGCAAGAAAACCUCCUCCUGUUAUUAGAACCAGUACUUGCAGUUCUUCAUAAAGAUAACCAAGCGAAUACAUCAGAAGCUAUUUGGCUGAAAAAAUUGCUGGUCGGAACUGCUUUGAAAUUGGGGAAAGUCGACUUGACUUAUGCAGUAACUCCAGAAGCACCAGAAACGCCAUCUAUUACAGGAAAGGCAUUGGGGAAAAGGAUUGCAUCAUCUUAUUCUAAAAUUCAAGAAAAUCAGAAACAGUUAGAAGAACCAAGCUCUUAUAAAGACUAUUGUGAUGCACUUCCUGAUCAUCUUUGUGACUUUUUCCAAGGCCUUUUUACUGAGUUACAAGAAAAAAAAUUAGCUGCUGUUAACAAAAAGAGAAGACAACGUACUCUCCCGUUGAAAGACAUUGAUGCCGAUCAAAUAACGAGAACAACAACUUUAUUUGUCUCCAUGAUACUGACAAUCACCUUCCCUGGGUUGAAAAUCUGGCUUACACAUAUCAUGUCAUCAAUAUGCCAGAAACCAAAACUAUUGCCAUACUUAUGGCAAAUUCUUUAUGGUGCAAAGGUUAUCUCUUACUGCAAACGGCAUGAAAAUCGACUUGAACUGAACAGAGCACAUCAUGUAGAUCCUACGUCAAAAAUAAUUCGAGGAACACAACAUAUCUUUAAUUUGGCUGUUAUUGAUAACAUAGACUUUGCAGCAUUGACAUUUAAAUCAGGCAAUAUUUUUGACACUCCACGGAAAACAUCACACGCAACAUUACGGUUAUUGAUACAAUUUACUCUUCCAAAUUCUCCCAAUGAUAUUAUGGAAGAGUCCACUGAUCAACCAUUAAUUGGUGAAUCAUUGUUUACAGAAAAUCUUCUAACGAAAUUUGAGAUGGCAUUUAAUGAAAUGUCAAACGAUGCAUUUAACUUAGAAAGUUUACAUGAAAAAAUCAAUAACAAUACACCAGUGGGUUGCAAUAAUAUUCCAGACCCCCAUAUUGUGAUAUUGGCACCUGGAGAACCCCCAAGCUGUGAUGGGAACGUUCACGCCGCUUGUGAAAUGUAUCGGAGUGAUCUACAAAUCA